CACCAAAAGAUUGGUUGAUCAUGUGAUAGUCAAGUGAUGGUGACCUAACCUCACGCAAGUGAUGAAGUGAUGUAAACGUCAAAGACAGUGAAAAAAUAAAGGUAUGACGCCGUGGGAGAGUACUUAUCAUACUUAUUAGAAGAAUGUGGCUGUGAGAAAGAAGAUAACAACGUCCAGAAAGGUAACAAAAAAAUGGGGAAUCACCACGGGCAUCAAUCGACCAAGUCGGAGAGCAGUUCCGCCGCUAGCUCGCACAAUGGCUCCAAGAAAAAUAGCAUCUCCAGAACAGUGUCUGGCAAUGACAUCCAGGAGAAGCCCAGUCUGAUGUUGCCAGUGGAAAAACUAGCCAAGAUCCUUGAAGAUAAGUCACAUAAGCAGGAAGGUGUAAACCAUGGAAUCACCAUGCAGGUGUUCAUAGCUAACCUGUUUUCAAGAUAUCCAGUUUUUGGGGAGAAGCUGUUCAACUAUCUGCAUCAGAGCAGUAAAACCAAGCACAGCUACAUACCCACCAAUGCCUUUAAACAGCAGUGUGAAAAUUAUUUGGCGAUUAUAGACGACGAUGCUGUACGUCAAAGACUAGUGAAGAUGUGGGCCCAUCCGUCAGAAGAAACUUCUGCAGAUUCACUGACUCCGGAAGAUGUCACUUCAUUAUUAAUGUGUACUUAUCAAAUCAGUAUGGAUCAUUAUUCUGAAGGGCCUCAGAUGUGUUUAUCUGUGCACAAAACUCUCAAUGCAGUGGUAGAUAGUUGUUUCCAUGGUAAGAAAGUUCUGUCAGCUCAGUAUGUUACACAUUGGGUAGAAGCUAACAUUCCAAGGUUGCUGUUCCCCCUACAUAGAUUUGCAAUACAUGCUUUAGCCACUGCAUGGAGGACUUUGGAAGAGGAUGAACCAUCUCCAGCUGUUGGUGCUCCGAUUGAAACCCCAACCUAUCCAGGUUUGGAGUUAACCACGCCAGUGUUGGAGCAACCGAAUCCAUUUGCUCAAGCCAAACCGCAUCCACAUCUACUCACUAUGAGUAUGUCGUGGCUUCUAGCAGGAGCUCUGCCACCACUCUAUUCUACGCCUCAAAAAGCCCAUUCUCCAAGCAACAGCGGUGUUGGAUUAGCCAGUGCGUCAUUCCUGUCAAAAUUUCUAUGUGCCAUUCCCUCCCACUGGACGAUCCUCUACGAUUCCGACGAAAUGGGACUGGGUUCAAAUCGCUUCCUUCACCACGUACUCAACUACAAAGGGCCUACUUUGUUAUUGUUAAAAACAGAAGAGGGUAGAAAGUUCUGCGUAGCCGCUCCUAAUGAAUGGCGGGAGUCUCAUCAUUAUUGGGGUGGGGAAGAAUGUGCUGUAAUUGAGUUGUUGCCCACGUUUCAGCUACUUGAAAAAGGCUCAAAGAUGCUGUACUUGAACAUGAGCGUACGUGGAUAUCCCUUCGGUCUCAGAGUAGGAAAAGAUCCUAGAGCCCCCAUUCUCAUUGUAGAUGGUGGUUUUGAAAAGAUUGAGUGGAAGAAAAUCCCGUACCGUUUAGAGACCAUCGAGGUGUGGGGUUGUGGCGAUACAGUAAGUCGUGAACGCCAGUUGGAAGUCAAAAAAUGGGAGGUAAAGGAAGCUGAGCGACAACGUUGCGUAAAGCUUAGUGCUACCGAUUGGCUGGACCAUCCAGACAGGUACCUCUUGGAGUUGUAUGGGCGACCCCAGUACCAUCAAAAUCCAACUUAGAUUGAAGCAGCUCAACUAAAAAGGUUUUUCAAAGUAUUCCUGUCGUAUUGUUAUCCGAUUAGUACAUAGUUUUACCACGUAUAAGUAGUACUUAAAAUGGUGGGAUUUGUAUAAAAUGAGCAGUACUGAAGCUUCCAGAUGUCUAUCUGCACUAUGUUCCAACCAUUUAUUCCAGUUUCCAAUUAAAUACCAUUAUAUACGAAUAAUAUUUUUAGAACAAAGUAUUUCAAAUUACGCACUAUUCAAUACUUGUUGCAUUUGAUCAAGUUUAACGUGUUCUACGUGAAGAUAACCCACCUAAUACUAUAUUACUGCGUCUGAAAAAUUAUCAGAGAAAAAUAGAGAAACAGCUGUGACAAUUUCUCAUAGAUGACGCUACGGUAUCUCAUUUUAUCUCCGAUAAUUUUUCAGACACGGGAAUUUAGCUUCAGUUCGGCUAUCUUCAGGUAGAAUACGUUAAUCAGUGAUAUAACUCACCACUGUUAAGGAUUAAAGUGAGAGCAUACUUGCAUUUUUUGUACUCCAAAUAAUAGUUUUUUUUUAGAUUUGCGCCAAACCAGUUAUACCUUCAUGGAAAGCCUACCAGUAAAUAGUAUGUCUAGCAUACAGGGUGACAUUCAUGUGUAGGUGUUAGUGGAUGAUUACAAUAUUUGGAUCGUAACUAAAGUGCUCUUAAUUUAUUCAAAUUGAUUUUGCAGGUUGAAUGUUGUAGUUGCCUAACAAUUGAAAUUAAGUAUAUUUUAGCUUCAUAUUUCAUUCAGGUUUUCUUCACCCUGUAGAAUUCAACCAAUAGAUAAUAUACUGAAUAUUUAUAUCCGCUAGGAAAUAUAAAAAUAUUGCACUAUAGGUUUCUGUACAAAUAUGGUCCACUUCAUUAGUAUUAACACUAUUAUUGACUACCAUCACAGACAUUCUGCAGAUCCUAAAGAUUGAAAAAUAUAAGAAGAAAUAACUCCAUGGUACGUUAUUAUACAUCAUUUAUACACACAUUUUCAAGUUACACUUCUUUGUUUUGUGACAGCUUACGAUUUAUUUGAACUUCUUAGUGGUUAUAGAAGUGAUUAUAUCGUCAACUCUGGCCGUUUACAACAGUUCUCCAGUUCGUAUACUCAAAAUCCAGAUAUUUCUGAAAACAUAUGACUCUAGAUUACAGGUACAGUCAAGUUAGAUCGCUGAUUUUCUUUAUUACAGUACAAAACUCUAUCUAACGGCCACUGUAUAUAAUCAGACCUAUAUAACACAAUGAUUGAUUCAUAAAGCUUAGCCAAAUCGGUAAACCCAAAAUUAAACCAAUGGGGAAGAAAUGCUUGUGUCUGGAGUAAGACCAUUUAUUACCAGUUUAUCUUAGAAUUCCAUUCAUGUGGAUGCCUUUUUGUCUGUGAGGUUAUGUGUAACUUGUUAGUGCCAUUGGCUGAAAAACGCAUUUAACCCUGUAUUUUUGGGUCGUUUGUAGUAGCUUAAUCUAUAGAUAUAGCUUGCAGAAGAUAAAAGGUUAUGUGAUUGCGGUUAUGUUUUAAUAAAAUGCUGGAUUUAUAGAUAUACAGGCUGUUCACAUAGUUUCGAACCUCUUUCCUAUCAUAAAAUACUGCUCAAACAAAAAAAAUGGCUAAAAGUAUUGUACCUUUCUAACUUCACCGAUGAAAAAGAUUAGAAAGAAAACAUAUAUGAUUCUUAAAGUUUCCACUUGUGGGUUAUAAAUUUCGGUACCAUUUUGAAUUUUGAUGUUGAUACCUCGAGGGUAACAUUUUUCGAUCUUUCCUUCAGUGGAGUCCUAAAGAUACAGUUCCAUUUAAAAUGUUUGAGUUGGCCUCUAAAUGACCUUGAAGAUCACUUUCACUGUUAUAAUCAAGAUUAGACUAUUCUCUCAAAACUGUGGAACUUCCGUCUUCAUUUUUUUUUGUUUGCGCAAUAUUUUCUGGGAUUGUGGGAACGGCAACGUUUGAACACCGUAUAUAUAUAUAUAUAUAUAUAUAUAUAUAUAUAUAUAUAUAUAUAUAUUGCCAUAGUUACGCCUACUUGUAUUGCGAAUAAUAAAAUGUAACGUUAUCUGGACAAUUACAGAGAACCAAUUUAGCAGUAGGGUCUUUUUCACGAGUUUGCAUAAAUGACAGCGAAUUACAUAGUAAUAUUUCAAAAUUUCCCAUAUCCGCAAAGGAUACGACAAGGCCAGAGGUAGAUAGAGCCAUAUUUUGUUUUGAUUUUUUGUACACUUCAGAUUCAUUUUGUACAUGCUAAAAGCUCGUUUACUUAGGAAAGUUCAUUUGCAUACAAAAAAACAAAACGCUGCAAACAAGUUUUACUAGAUUUACACCUGAUUCGUUAUUGCCAACGUUGCAGACUAACACAAAAUUGACAUUUGCUGAUCAGCUGUUUACCUUAGUUAAGCGUGAUGGAUACUCGUGAAAUCAUCAUUAACGUUGCUGGUUCCUCCCAAUAUGGUUUUAAUUGUUUGCUAAAGAAAAUCACAAAUAAAUGUUUUUGUAGCGCUAAUUAUGGUAUGUAUGUCUAUCAAUCGGGCUCAUGAAGAACAAUGAUAUUACACAAUAAUUAUUAUUGUGCUAGAAUAUAAAUAUAUGCUUGUGCCUUCUUGAUAGCUCAAAAUAUUUAUAUGCAGUAUUAAAUCAUAAAUUUUUAGAGAAAUGUUUUAGCAAAGACUUAAAAGUUUUAUGAAAUGUAAUUGCCUAAGAUCUACUUAACUGUUACUUAAUUUUUUCUUGUAUUACUUAUUUGACGUGAAUAUUUAUUUUAUGAUGCCAAAAUUUAUUUUUAUAACUCAGUAAAGUGAAGUUGGUGAAGA